AUGAUUAAUAAGUAAAAUCAAUUACCUAAGCACCCUAACAUCUCAUUCAAAUAAUACUGUUAAUAGUUUGUUAAAGAAAGCCCAAAAGCUAAACUCAACAAAACAACUUAUGUCUUAGGAGACCUACCAUUAAAUAAACUCAGAGAAAAACAAAAAGAAUAAUUCAAAUCUUUUAUCUAAGAUCAUAUUUCUUUAACCAGGAAAAUUAGAGAUGAUGCAGAAUAUGAUGCCACUAUAUACAUGGGACUUACAUCUAAGUGGUAAAGAGCUAAAAAAGAUUAUUUUAAAUAAGAAAUCCCUCAUAUCAAACAUGAAUUGGAUAUGAAAAAUAUAAAGUAGAAUCUAGAGCUUAAUUUUGAUUCUUGGAGAAGAAUUGAUUAAGUGAGUUAAAAAAGAGCACGAGGAUUCUCAGUAGACUAAACGAUGAAAAAGACUAAUCGAAAAACUUUUACAACUAGCUUUCGACUUUAAUGA